AUGGUAUCGUACAAAGAAGGUGUCACUCGCGACGGCCGUAAGCGCGCCCCGCGGGUUCUUUUUGGGGUGCAUACCAUCCGGCCUUUCCCGUGGAUCCGAGUGGCGCUUGGUGUGGGCGCAAUGGCGUACGUGUUUCGGCAGCAGUACCUGGCGCGGUAUUACAUCUCACCGGAAGAACAGUUCCUGCGCAAGAUUGUGGUGGCUCCAUACGGUGUCCUUGGAAAUCAGAUGACGCUGCAGGGUAGCAUGGUUCGCGCCGGCAGCGAGCCUGACGAGAAUGUCGUUGUUGUGGACUCCGCAGAUCUACGUCACAUUUUUACGACCGCCGAUGGUGCCACAGGGGCCUCGGGAGCCAUUUACAACUGGCUGAAUUUACGUGGCCCAUUCCCGGACGAGGUUGUAAAGGCGGUUUGGCGUGUGUGUGACGCCAAAUGGUUCCGGUAUGGUAAGAAGAAUGCGAUUCAUGUGAUUGGGCCGGACUUUCGUGAAGGCACGUGGUCGGAGCGGGAGGCCGCACUGGAGCUUUCCCGCGCGUACCGUAACGCACUGCACGAGUUUGUGAUGAGUGAGGGCGACGUGUUGCGUGUGGCGCCAAUUUCUCAUGGGGUACACUCAGGGCCACUGUAUAGCCAAUUGCCGCCCAUCACUCAAUCCGCCUUGAGCAUGGCAUUUGAGCAAUUGCACAUCUUUGAUCGGGAGUACCUGUUACGGCAGGACAAGAGUAUUGAGCUCUGCAUCUUUAUGAACAGAGAAUGGGACAUGUACAUGAAUGUCUUUAAGAAUCAACAAAAGUUGUUGGCGUUUUAG